AUGACUGACACCCGGCGGAGGGUGAAGGUUUACACGCUAAACGAGGACCGCCAGUGGGAUGAUCGAGGCACAGGGCAUGUGUCCUCCUGCUACGUGGAGAGACUGAAGGGCAUGUCUCUGCUAGUCAGGGCAGAGAGUGAUGGGUCUCUUCUUUUGGAGUCCAAAAUUAACCCGAACACUGCAUACCAGAAGCAACAGGAUACCUUGAUUGUGUGGUCUGAAGCUGAAAAUUAUGAUUUGGCACUUAGCUUUCAAGAAAAAGCAGGAUGUGAUGAAAUAUGGGAAAAAAUAUGUCAGGUUCAAGGCAAAGACCCUUCUGUGGAUAUUACUCAGGACCUCGUGGACGAAUCGGAGGAAGAACGUUUUGAUGAUAUGUCAUCACCAGGCCUAGAAUUGCCAUCCUGUGAAUUAAGUCGCCUGGAAGAAAUUGCAGAACUUGUGGCAUCUUCACUGCCUUCACCGUUACGCCGUGAAAAGCUCGCGCUAGCACUGGAAAAUGAGGGCUAUAUUAAGAAGCUCUUAGAAAUUUUUCACGUGUGCGAAGACUUGGAGAACAUUGAAGGACUACACCACUUAUAUGAAAUUAUCAAGGGAAUUUUCCUUUUGAACAGAACUGCACUUUUUGAAGUCAUGUUUUCCGAGGAAUGUAUAAUGGACGUAAUUGGAUGCCUAGAAUAUGAUCCGUCUUUAUCACAGUCGCGGAAACACAGGGAAUUUCUGACUAAAACGGCAAAAUUUAAAGAGGUGAUUCCUAUAUCUGAUCCAGAGCUGAAGCAAAAAAUACAUCAGACAUACAGAGUACAGUAUAUUCAAGAUAUGGUCCUACCCACUCCCUCAGUUUUUGAGGAAAAUAUGCUAUCAACACUUCAUUCUUUCAUCUUUUUUAAUAAAGUGGAAAUAGUUGGUAUGUUACAGGAAGAUGAAAAAUUUCUGACAGACUUGUUUGCACAACUAACAGAUGAAGCCACAGAUGAGGAGAAAAGACAGGAAUUGGUAAAUUUUCUGAAGGAGUUUUGUGCAUUCUCUCAAACACUGCAACCUCAAAACAGAGAUGCAUUCUUCAAAACCUUGUCAAACAUGGGCAUACUGCCAGCACUAGAAGUCAUAUUGGGUAUGGAUGAUGCACAAGUACGAAGUGCAGCCACUGAUAUAUUCUCAUAUUUGGUUGAAUACAACCCAUCCAUGGUACGAGAGUUUGUCAUGCAGGAAGCGCAGCAGAAUGAUGAUGAUAUAUUACUUAUUAACCUCAUUAUAGAACACAUGAUUUGUGACACAGAUCCAGAACUUGGAGGGGCAGUGCUGCUCAUGGGUUUGCUUCGUACUUUAGUUGAUCCAGAAAAUAUGCUUGCCACUGCCAAUAAAACAGAAAAGACAGAGUUCUUGGGUUUCUUCUACAAACAUUGUAUGCACGUUCUGACAGCCCCUUUGUUGGCCAAUACUACAGAGGACAAGCCUAGCAAAGGCAAUAUCCUAGAUAGGUUUAAUGAUUUUGGUUUUGGUUUUAUUAUAGAUGAUUUUCAGACAGCCCAACUCUUGGCAUUAAUACUGGAAUUGCUGACUUUCUGCGUAGAACACCAUACUUACCACAUCAAGAACUACAUCAUUAACAAAGAUAUCCUGCGAAGGGUGCUCGUUCUCAUGGCCUCAAAGCACGCCUUCUUGGCAUUGUGUGCCCUUCGUUUCAAGAGAAAGAUAAUUGGACUAAAGGAUGAAUUCUACAACCGUUACAUAAUGAAAAGUUUUUUGUUUGAACCUGUGGUCAAAGCAUUUCUAAAUAAUGGUUCCCGUUAUAAUCUGAUGAACUCUGCCAUAAUAGAGAUGUUUGAAUUUAUCAGAGUGGAAGAUAUAAAAUCGUUAACGGCUCAUGUAAUCGAAAAUUACUGGAAGGCACUGGAAGAUGUAGAUUAUGUGCAGACAUUUAAAGGACUCAAACUACGAUUUGAGCAACAAAGGGAAAGACAAGAUAAUCCAAAACUUGACAGCAUGCGCUCCAUUUUGAGAAACCAUAGGUACAGAAGGGAUGCAAGAACUCUGGAGGAUGAGGAGGAAAUGUGGUUUAAUACUGAUGAAGACGAUAUGGAAGAUGGAGAGGCAGUGGUGCCCCCUUCUGACAAAACUAAAAAUGAUGAAGAUAUUAUGGACCCUAUCAGUAAAUUCAUGGAAAGGAAAAAAUUAAAAGAGAGUGAUGAAAAGGAAGUUCUUCUGAAAACUAACCUUUCAGGUCGUCAGAGCCCAAGUUUCAAGCUUUCCUUUUCCAGUGGUACAAAGUCGAACCUUAGCAGCCAGUCCUCUGCGAGCAGUCUGCCCAGCUCCCCGGGCUCCCCCGGCUCCCCAGGCUCCCCUGGGUCUCCAGGAUCAGUUUCUAAAAGCACAUCUCAGAUGGCAGCUAUCACAACGAAGGGAGGCCUCGUUGGGCUCGUAGAUUAUCCUGAUGAUGAUGAAGAGGAUGAUGAAGAUGAAGAUAAGGAGGAAACUUUACCUUUGUCAAAGAAAGCAAAGCUUGAGUCAUCGUAAUGGCAACUGCUGAAGAACGUUACCAGUUGGGGAAAGGAUUUUUUUUCCAAAAACAAAACCAACGCGCAGCAAAGCAGCAAUCUUCUGUGAAUUCCUGUGUGUGACACAGAUCAACCUGUACAAACAGAUUUCUGCCAAUCAAGUGCCAAUUCAGAGGAGCAGAAGAAGGGGAAAUACUUCAUUUCGGGGAAAGACUGACGCCUUUGAGCUCUCCAGCUUGGACCACACAUUGCCCUUUUCUCAGGGAAGGAAAUGGAAAAAACAAACAAAAAAAGCCAACAGGGCAGGAGUUUUGUCAGUGGAACUCUGGAUUGGCUGCUCAGUUGCUACAAUCAGAAUAUGCUUUCUUGGACCAUAUAUGAGACUUCUGAAGAAAAGGCGGUUUUUGCCAUAAUUCUUCACUAGUUAAGAAUGCCAGCAGUUUCUUUGUAUAAAAGAGACCUGCCUUUGAAAUCGUACAUUCUGAACAUUUUAGUCAAGCUACAACAGGUUUUAAAAACCUCUGUGGGGGAGGGCCGAAUAUAAAGUUUCCUCUUUUUUUUUGUUGUUUUUUUUUUUAAAUCUGUUCCCUUUGCCCUUUAAACUGCAGCGUUUUCUUUUGGAGGUGGGGGAUUCGUUUGUCCCUUCUUGAUUAAAGAUUGAGUGGAAUUC